UGAGGAUAAUAUUGAAUUAGAGUUGCAAAAUAUAAUAAACGAAUAUUAUAAAGAAUCAAUAACAACUAAGAUUAUAUUAUUUGUGAUAACACUUGCGAAAUUGAAGCAAUACCUACCUGGAUUAGAAGAAAUUAUAAAUAAAAAAGAAGAGAAAGAAGAGGAGGAAAAUAUUAUCCAUAUUAAUCCUAAUGAUUCAUUGAAAAGCUGUGUAAACUUUCUUACUUAUAUACAACAAGAACAAGAACCAAG